CGGUGGGAAGGGGCGUCCCAGCAUUCUCAGUCUAGCCUUGGGUAGAGGAGGAUUACAUCUGGAGCUGAAAGCAACACACUCAGAGAGAAAGAGAGAGAGAGGGGACAAAUCCCAUUUCCUCAUUUCGGGGCAAUAUUUUGAUGGAUAGUUUUGGAAAUCUCUCCAGAAGUUUUACAGAGUCUCCAAUCCACACUACAUUAUUUUAUUUGAUUUAACUAUUGCAAGGUUUUUUUUUGUUUUUACUUUUGGCAAAUCGUCCAGAUGUUAGUCCACACCUAUUCAGCUAUGGACCGCCACGAUGGUGUGCCCAGCCACAGUUCCAGGCUGUCCCAAUUGGGGUCAGUCUCCCAAGGACCCUACUCCAGCGCUCCUCCGCUGUCCCACACACCUUCCUCGGACUUUCAGCCCCCUUACUUCCCACCACCCUACCAGCCGCUGCCCUACCACCAAAGCCAGGACCCUUACUCCCACGUCAACGACCCCUACUCCUUAAAUCCUCUGCACCAGCCCCAGCAGCACCCCUGGGGGCAGCGCCAGAGGCAAGAUGUCAGCUCGGACACUGGAUCUCUGUUACCCCAGCCUAGAGCAUCAUUGCCCCAGCUCUCUGGACUGGACCCUAGGAGGGACUAUCACUCAGUCAGGCGGCCAGAUGUGCUCCUACACUCUGCCCACCAUGGCCUGGACUCCGGAAUGGGGGACAGCCUGUCCCUGCAUGGGAUUGGUCACCCAGGGAUGGAAGAUGUCCAGGUAUGCAGCAUGUAUCAUCAUAUAGGGUCAGUGGAAGACGCUAAUAAUGCCAUGAAUCUAUUGGACCAGUCUGUCAUCAAGAAAGUCCCCGUCCCCCCCAAGUCUGUCACCUCCCUGAUGAUGAGCAAGGAUGGCUUUUUGGGAGGGAUGUCAGUGAACGCCGGAGAAGUCUUCUGCUCGGUACCAGGCCGCCUGUCCUUGCUCAGCUCCACGUCCAAAUACAAAGUGACAGUGGGGGAGGUGCAGAGACGCCUGUCCCCCCCAGAGUGUCUCAAUGCCUCUCUCCUGGGAGGUGUGCUGAGGAGGUGUUUUCAUAUGUCUGAUUUCAGAGCAAAAUCGAAAAAUGGUGGAAGGUCUCUAAGGGAAAGACUGGAAAAAAUUGGCUUGAAUUUGCCGGCGGGCAGGCGUAAGGCUGCUAAUGUCACCCUGCUGACUUCCCUGGUGGAAGGUGAAGCUGUCCAUCUAGCCAGGGAUUUUGGCUACAUCUGUGAAACCGAAUUCCCAGCCAAGGCAGUGUCAGAAUACUUGAAUAGACAGCACACAGACCCCACUGAUCUGCACUCCAGAAAGAAUAUGCUGCUGGCCACAAAGCAACUUUGCAAAGAGUUCACAGACCUUCUGGCCCAAGACAGAACGCCCAUAGGCAACAGCCGACCCAGCCCAAUCCUCGAGCCCGGCAUCCAGAGCUGUUUGACUCACUUUAGUCUGAUCACCCAUGGCUUUGGCUCCCCGGCCAUCUGUGCGGCCCUGACGGCCCUCCAAAACUACCUAACCGAGGCCCUGAAGGGGAUGGACAAGAUGUUUUUGAACAAUAACAGCAGUAACAGGCACAACUCUGCGGAGGGGCCGGGCAGUAAAAACGGGGACAAGGAGGAAAAACACCGAAAAUGAAAAAGAAAAAAAAAAAAAAAACAAAUGGAACACAAAUCGGGACUUGCUUUCACACCUUUCAUUUUAGCUUUAAAAAAAUAAAAAAUAAAUAAAAAAUAUUGGACUGGCAUUUUUUUUUAUUUUUGGGGGGGAAUCUACAAAUACAUGAAAAAAAAUAUCACCUUGAGCUCAAGGAGAUGGGUACACGGGCCAGGAACCUGCCAACAACUUACUUUGUACCCUCUUCAUUUCCAAGGACACUUACUGCCCCACACCCCCCCAGGAAAAGAAUAACAGCAGCAGCAACUUUUUGGAAAUUUAUGGAAGGAAACUUUUUCUUUAUUCCCUUGGAGAUCUGUAUAAACCUUGUGUGUGCACGCACAGAGAGUCCCGGUUUUCUUUGGAAACUGUCCCGGGCACAGCAGCAUGUGGCAUUGACGCCCACCCACCCGUUUGCCAAUCAUUUACCCGGGAGACGCCUAUCUCUUCUUUCCAGGCGUUCACUUGGGGACGUUUAUUUGUUGUAAUAUAGGUGGUUUUACAAUUCUGAUUCCAUGAUAUUGCCAAACCCUUAGUCCUUUUCCCUGUACAAGUUAUACCCCUAUAUUUGGCCCCCCCUUAUAAUUCAUGUUCCAGUGUUGAUGCAGGAGGAGUGCAUUGGUUCAUUCUCUGGGAGAUUGGGAGAUAUAUGGUUGUGUAUUUAAUUUUUCUAUUUUUAGGUGAGCGUGAAUUUCAAAAUACCCCCUCUGUUAUUCACACACUCAAGAAACCUUACAAGCAUAUAAUAUAUUCAUGCACAUGGUAUAUAUAACUCUAUGGUGUGGGUGUGGGUGUGUGUGUGUGUGUGUGUGUGUGUGUGUGUGUGUGUGUGUGUGUGUGUGUGUGUGUGUGUGUGUAUAUAUAUAUAUUUAUAUACUUAUAUACAUAUAUAUACAUAUAUAUAUAUAUAUAUGUAUAUAUAUAGAUAUAUAGCUAUAGAUAUAUAUAUAGAUAUAUAUAGAUAUAUACAUACACACACAAACAUCACACCACAGACAACCGGACACGAUAAUGUCAUUAAAUCUGGGCUUUUUUGCACACUGUGCAUAUUCAUUAAGUAAUCUUAAACUACAAGUGUAUCAUUUGCACGUUAGCACAAUGUAGUGGAAUGAUUAUAAUGAAUACAGAUACACUGUAUCUGUUAGUGGUUGGGCUAUAUUUUGUUUCCAAAUCUUGAGGACUAUAUACACACUAUAAGAUUAUCUGUCCAAUCUUUCUGGCUGGAGCGAAAAUCUGGUAAUGGAUUUAAACAAUUUUUCUGAACGUACAUUUUUGUCCUUUUUCCAGUGUUUGGGAGCAAAUGGCCAAUAGUAAUUUGUUCCCAUAUAUUACCAGAUUUCCUUUCCAAUCGGAGCUAUAAGACAGAUAAUCUUAUAGUGCGUGUCCAUUUUAAAAAUCAUUCUCACAAUUCAGAUAAAAUCAUUAUAGGAAGACAUUAUGCCUCAUUACACUUCUAUGGUAAGCAAGCAAAGGCUUGAACUACAAGUCCCAGCAUGUGGUUUAAACUACAAGUCCCAGCAUGUCUUUCCACUGGCACAACUGCUGCAGAGUCCCCACUUUACAGUACUUCUAUAAUGCGUUUGUGUAAAACUAUGUGUAUGUAUAUAUAUAUAUAUAUAAUUUCACACCCUAAUUUAAAUUUUCAUCAAGAGCAUUUAUGUUCAAUUUAAGAAAAUACACUGUAAGACUGUCCCUUAAAUGUCCACUUCAGUGAUUAUUUUUAGUUUAUUGAGUGUGAGAGUGGGGUGGGGGUUAAAUAAUAAAUGAAUCUCGAUGACAUAAAACAUGGUUUAUUUACAGAUGUGAAUAGAUAUAUAAAACAUUAACAGAAAAAAAUAUAUAAUUUUAAACAAAUAAAAGACAAUGAAAAUUAUUCAACAAUCAAAUAACGAAUACCACAAAAGACUUCCCAGACAAGAACAAAAAUAUAUCUAAAAAAAAAAAAAAGGCAUAAAGCACUGAUAAUAAACAAUAUACGUUUUGAUUACAUGCAGGGAGUCCCACUUUAUAUUUACUGAGUAAUAACAUUUUCAUGUACAAUAUAUUUUUUAUUUGGUUUUAUAUUCUGUGAUGUUGUAAAGGAUUUUUUUUUUUUUUAGUAUCAUUGUAACUUGUUGGUUCAUUCCGAAGGCUGUGCCACGUAUUUCAUGUCACCAUAAAAAAAAAUAUAUAUAUAUAUAUAUAUAUAUAUAUAUAUGAUAUGGAUAUAACCUGCUUUUUUAUUUUUAAUGAUCAUUGUAUCCACUAAAAAAAACAAAAAACAGUUCAUUCUAAAGUGUGGAAAGAAAAAAAAAAUCCAAUCAAUUUACAAUUCUUAAUCCUGGAAAACUGUGCCAAGUACAACACAGAUAUUCUGUUCUUGGAAAUAAUACUUUUUUUUUUUUUCUUUUUUUUUUACCACCCACCUACAUUUCACGAGUCUUUGUCGGUUCAUUUCAGACGAAAAGACAUCCAGAGAAAAAAUAAAUUUCGCAAGCAGGAGGGAAGAUAAUGUUAAGUUUGUAUAUAUUUAUUUAUGCUUAAUUUAACAGGAAUUUGUAUAUAUGGCGAGUAAGUACUUAUUUAUAUGUGAGUCUGUACAUCUGUGAAUGGGUGGAAACGCUUGAAAAUUAGGUAGUCUGAAUUUUUUUUCGUUCUUUAAGCAAACGAUUAUAGCGAUGAAUAGAAAAUUUGAUUCUUGUCCAGUGAUGAUCUG